CUUAUUAAAUAGAUCAAGUCUUUGACAUCUUAUACUCAAAAAAUGGCUCGAGGACCUAAGAAGCACUUGAAACGAUUGGCCGCUCCCCAUCACUGGAUGCUGAGUAAAUUGGGAGGAAAGUUCGCGCCCAGACCUUCACAAGGACCUCACAAGCUGCGAGAAUGUGUUCCACUGGUAGUUCUGUUGAGAAACCGGCUCAAGUAUGCCUUGAACUACAACGAAAGCACCAAAAUUUUGAUGCAGCGGUUGAUCAAGGUUGAUGGAAAAAUCAGAACUGACAAGAAGUUCCCCGCCGGAUUUAUGGACGUGAUCUCUAUUGAGAAGACAGGCGAGUUCUUCAGAAUGGUUUACGACACCAAGGGAAGGUUCAAGGUCCACCCGAUCAGCAAGGACGAAGCAGCGUACAAACUUUGCAAAGUUAGAUUCCUGACUACCGCCCUCAAAGCAGUUCCUUACAUCGUAACCCAUGACGGGAGAACAAUCAGAUAUCCCCACCCCGAAGUGAGGCGAAACGACACCGUUAUGGUUGAAAUUGCGACCGGAAAGGUGAUUAAGUUCAUCAAGUUCGAAAUGGGCAAGCUGUGCAUGAUCACAGGCGGUGCGAAUAUUGGCCGAGUGGGAGUAAUGCAGAGACGUGAGAAGCUAGAGGGUGCGAUUGACAUUGUCCACGUCAAGGAUGCUAUUGGAAACUCAUUCUCAACCAGGAUUACGAAUGUGUUUGUCAUUGGAGAGGAGAAGGCGCCUUGGAUCUCACUACCGAAGCUGAAGGGAAUCCGAAGGACCAUCAUGGAGGAAAGGAACUGGCGACUGGAAAAGUCUGCUUCCCAGAAGUGAUGACGUCACGGCACUCCUCAAACAACAGAAGAGCCUCGAAUCAUUUCACGUGUCACUUGAUCUUCAUCUUAACGGCAAUGAAGAUGAUAAUUAAAUUGACAUGAGAAAUGAUGACGAUGUUGAUUGAAUUUUCAUGUUCUGAUUUGACAAUUUAACAUGUUGAACGUGAAA